UUCCAAAAAGCUCUUUUUAGAGAGAGAAAAAAAAAGAAAGAAAAAAACUUUUUUAGAAGGAGAUGGGAGGGUGUGCGACCAAGCCCAAGGUCUUGAAGGAUGCGCUGGCUCCCGAGCCGACUAAGGAGGACAAGCCCUCCGCGGCUCCCGAGCCGCCUGUUGUAGUUGUCGUUGGUGUUACCGAGGGUGAGAAGAUCGAUGCCAAGGCGGUUGAAGAGGGUGAUAAGGUCAAGGAGAUUGUUGAUGAUGACAAGCUUGACGACCAGGACAGUAAGCGCCGCUCCCUCAGCAUCUUGUUCAAGGAGAAUGAGGAAGGGAAAGGCAAAACAGGAGAUGGUAACCCUGCAGUGGAGCCACCAAAACAAGAAGAUCCACCAGAGAAUAUAAAACCUACAUAUGAAUCUGAAACCACGCUUUUACAGGUUGAAAAAACUGAAAUUCUGGUUGAACAGAACCCUGUCCCUGAUGUUGUCGAUGCUCAAAAGCCUGAAAUUCCAGUUCAACAAACUCCUGCCCCAGAUGUUGUUGAUGCUCCAGUUCAACAGACUCCUGUCUCAGAAGUUGUAUAUGCUUCUGAGAAGGCAGAAACAGAGAAAACAACCGAAACUGCAUCAACUGUAGAUUUCUCAGAAACAGAGAAAAUAACCGAAACUACAUCAACUGUAGAUUUCUCAGAAACAGAGAAAACAACCGAAACCGCACCAACUGUAAAUUUCUCAGAAACAGAGAAAACAACCGAAACUGCAUCAACUGUAGAUUUCUCAGAAACAGAGAAAACAACCGAAACCGCACCAACUGUAGAUUUCUCAGAAACAGAGAAAACAACUGAAACUGCACCAACUGUAGAUGAUGAGAAGAAAAAAGAAGCCCCUUAUGUUGCUGAUGGUCAUGUGAAGGCUGAAAGAGAGAGCUCAGUUGAAGCUGCACCGGCCGGAGAAACGACGUCGGAGGAAAAGAAAACAGAAGCCCAGGAUGUUGGCAGUGCUAAAGAGGAGGCUGAAACGCAGAAGGUAAUUGAAGUUGCAUCAGUUACAGAGACACAAAAUUAUGGCACCUCUGAAGAAAAGAAAACAGAAGCAAAGGGUGCUGCUGAAGAGAAGGCCAAUGUGUGAUAGAGGGGAAGUGAUGCAUUUUCCUGUUUAUUCUACUGGGAAGGCUAGCUGCUGAUGAAGCGGUUGCAGGAAACUAAGGAUUGUUUGCUGCUUCAUGGCAAACUUAUUUAGAGGAGUUGUUUUGUUUCUUUCACUUUGUUACAUGUCAUUGUUCUUUUCAUUUGUGUUUUUCCCCCCCCAUAUAUUUUUCUCUCAUUUUUUUUUUUGUUAGUUUUUCCUAAAUAGAGAUAUGGGACUGUUAGGUUAUAUGUACGAGUAUAGAUUGUUUUUUCUUUCAUUACAUGCACUAUUUUGACA